AAGCCAAACAGAUGUCUGAGCAAGUCAAACCUAUUGGAAUAGUGCUGACAAAGGGAGUGGCUGGCAUUGGAAAAACCGUGUCUGUGCAGAAGUUCAUUCUAGACUGGGCUGAAGGAAUGUCCAAUCAGCAUGUCAACUUCAUAUUUCCUCUUCCUUUCCGUGAGCUGAAUCUGAUGAAGGACAAAACCAUCAGUCUGGUGGAUCUCAUUAGGCACUUUUUCUCAGAUGUGAAGGAUCCAAGAGUCUUCACUAGUUUAGAGAACAGAGUCAUGUUCAUCUUUGAUGGUCUGGAUGAGUGUCGACUUCCUCUAGAUUUUCGCUCCAACCCAGAGUGCUCUGAUGUGACAGAGUUAGUUCCAGUUGAUGUGCUGCUGACAAACCUCAUCAAGGGAAAUCUGCUUCCGUCUGCUCUCCUCUGGAUCACCACCCGACCAGCAGCAGCCAAUCAGAUCCCUCCAAGGUGUGUGAACCAGGUGACAGAAAUAAGAGGAUUUAACGACCCACAGAAGGAAGAGUACUUCAGGAAGAAGCUCAAUGAUGAGAGGCUGGCCAGCAGAAUCAUCGCUCACCUGAAAUCAUGCAGGAGCCUCUUCAUCAUGUGCCACAUUCCAGUCUUCUGCUGGAUUUUAGCUACAGUAGUCUGGAAAACAUCAGAUGAAUCAGGUUGCGUUGAGAUGCCAAGGACUCUUACUCAGAUGUACACACACUUCCUUAUAAUACAGGUCAGAAUUAAAAAUACCAAAUACACCGAGCUGGAAGAGAGAGACGAAGAGAUGAUUUUCAAACUGGGCAAACUGGCUUUCCAACAGCUGGAGAGGGGAAAUCUGAUCUUCUAUGAGGGAGACCUGAGUGAUUGUGGCAUUGAUGUCACAGAAGCAUCAGUGUACUCAGGUGUGUGUACUCAGAUCUUCAGAGAAGAGUUUGGACUCUACCAAGGGAGAGUGUUCAGCUUUGUGCACCUGAGCAUUCAGGAGUUCCUUGCAGCUUUAUAUGUGUUUCUCUACUUCAUCAGCAGAGAGAGAAACUUGCCUGAUCAAACCUCUCAGCUCUCGGAUUUGUUCAGAGCUGCAACACUUCAUGACUUACACAAGACUGCAGUAGAUCUGGCCUUACAGAGUAAGAAUGGACACCUCGACCUUUUCUUCCGUUUUCUUCUUGGCCUCUCACUGGAGUCCAAUCAGAGUCUCUUAAGACAUCUACUACCACAGACCAACAGCCAUUCACAAAGCUCAGAACAAACAGUCCAAUUAGUCAAACAGAAGAUCAGAGGUCAUAGGGAGACAGACAGAAGUGUCAACCUAUUCUACUGUCUGAAUGAGUUGAAUCAGCAUGCUGUAGUGGAGCACAUUGACAGGGGGUCAGGAACUCUGACUGUAGAGAUGCUCUUACCUGGACAGUGGAAGACUGGGAAGUUAACGUUUAAGACAUCAGAAAAGUAUAUGGAUGGAUUUGACAUGCAAAAGUACACAAAGACACCAGAAUUGGAUCAGACUGACCUCCUCACCCCAGAUGACCUCCUCCAGAAGCUGAUGCCGUCUGAUGUGUUCACAUUAUCCACCUUCGCAGAGUGA